ACGCAAUCCACAACGUGUAGUACUCCCAGGAUCGAGUAGGCUAUACUUUGCGCGACCAAACUAUCCUAGUUCCCACGCAGAUACGGUCCCACAUUUCGACGGCUCGACUCACCGGUUUUCGCGACUUGAACCAAACGUUUCUACGACAUCCUACGCCAACGAACCCAAAAACGCAGUGCAUUGAGGACUCGCAUAUUGGACAGCAAAAAUGACUAGCACUAUUGGCAUUCCGAUCAAGCUCCUCAACGAGGCAGCUGGCCACAUCGUCACGCUUGAGAUUACCUCUGGUGAGGUCUACCGCGGCAAGCUUAUCGAGGCUGAGGACAACAUGAAUGUUCAGUUGAAGGACAUAACCGUGACUGCCCGCGACGGUCGCGUGUCGCAUCUGGAACAAGUAUACAUUAGGGGCAGUCAUGUCCGAUACUUCAUUGUCCCAGAUAUGUUGAGAAACGCGCCCAUGUUCCGAUCGAGAGGCACGAGGGGUCGCGGUGUUGGUCUUGCGCGUGGUAGGGCGACAGUCAAUAGGGCAAGGGCCAGCACUCGCGGUGGUGCCGGCGGUCGUUGAAACACAUGAGGGGAUCGAGCAAGAAUACGACAUGGCUAGAGACCGAGCUACUCAAUGCGCAAGAACACCGAGGAUGCAGUUUGGCCUGGAGAACUUGGGUACGGAAUGCAGGGAUAGGUAUGCAACCAGAUCGCUUUUGCUGGACAUACGCUGAAGAAUGAGAUAGCAAGGGCCUACAGAAUUGAUGAUACCUUGGGAUGCGAAUGAAGGCGCGCUUUUUCG